UCUUCUCAUUUUCACCAGUAAACAUAUUUAUAAAUAUCUGUUACGUCUUAUGGACUCGCGUGUUCACGGAGAUCAAUAUUAACUGAACAUAAUGCAAAAGAAUCUAUGAUAGAACAAACAUCUUUAACUUUGUUGCUGUUCUCCUUGACCGAAAAAAACAUUUGUUCGAUUACGUGGCUGUAAGCUUCUCGUUCUAUAGAAAGGAUAUUAAUACUUAAACAGUAACUAGUCAAGGAAGAAGAUGAAAAGCCUUGUAUAUAAAAAUAAUGGAAAACGUCUUUAGUUCUUUUCGUUUAAAAGUCGUAUAAGUUCUCUUGACCGGACGUUAAAUUUCACAGCUAUUUUGCACUUCUGUUUCGAUGCAAAUUUUGCCUCUCCUGAGAAUUGGAGAACUGAAAGCUUCUUAAAUGAAGUCCCAACUCGUUAUUAUCAAUAACGCAGGUAAUUGAUGUGAAGUAUUCUUCACAUAAAUAGUAAAAGUCAAUAGUCAACGAUCAUUCUAUGUUGCAAAGCACCAGUUCUUGUCCGUAGAAAAAGUCAAUACUGCCAAUGUACUCGCUCCGAUAUUACUAUAAAGUCUACAGAAGCACUCCAUAUUACCCUUUCAUCUUUGUAAUUCAUAUUGUGUACUUUAUACCUGUGAAACUGCUCUCGAAAAUAAAGUUUCUAAAGAUAUUGGAAUAACGUGAUGAAAGAAACAGUAUGAAUACUCUUCGUGUUUCAUUUUUUAAUUAUUAAAAGAGAGCCGUUUUUGUCAUACUGAGAUUAUUUGUCUGACAAUAACUUAAAUCAAUGAUUUCUCUUUGAAAUCUUAUUUUACUUUGUAUUUAAGCAAACCAGCGCACUCUGCUUUGUACAAACAGAACACGAUUUAUACGUGUGGUUCAAGAGUUAACCUACAAGCACGAUGGCAAAAGAGCUGCAUAAAUGUUUGAUUAAUUACUUCUCGCAAUUAGAGAAAGUAGAUUGCAAAUGGAAGGAACUGGCCAAGGAAGCUGAUCGACCUCUACAAGCUUUGAAGAAUCAAUCGGAACAACUCCGCCUCGUCAUAAGCGAGGGGGUCACUGAUGCAGAGCUCUGUAAAAUCGACGAAGUGUACGAGAGAUUGAUUUUUAAAAUUCUUAUGGGGAUCGACAGCGAACUCGGUCUACUUCUAAACAUUUUAACGCUUUUCAAUAAUAUAAAUCAAGAUUUAAGAAAUCGUUUAAUAAACUUGGAGGACGCUCGGAGCAAUGUCUCAUUAGACGACGAAACAGUGAGGGAAUUAAUCAAUGGCACGCCUGAAAGACCGCGAUUAAACUUGCUUUUAGAAUGGGCAAUCGACGCCUUCACUCACUACCAUGGACUAUACCUCGCGAUCAACGAGAACAUAAAGAAGUUUAAUUACAAAGACGCGGAAACGAUAGAAAAUUUAAUCAAGUCGUUCGUCGAGGAUCGGUUUAAAAGAGACCGGAUCGAUCGUAUACUCGCCUUCACACAAUUCUUAAAAAAAGAAACUGUGCAUUAAGAAAUUUCCCUCGUCGAAUCUUUAUAAGUUAUGUAAUUAAAACAAAUAAAAAUAUUUUAUGUUA